GACCAAUCUGCCUGAAAGGGUAGAAUGGCCCUCGAAAGGAUUUGCCUGGUAAGGGUUAAUCCUUUCUAAGGAAGCCUGCCUGAAAGGGUUGGCUCCUUAAACAAAGCCCCUAACUUAAGCAAAAACAUCCUGUAUACACAACAAUGAUAAGGACACCAGAUGUCUUGUAGCCACGGAACAUAUAUCACAAAAAUGUAGUAAACAGUACCAUAAAUUUUGUAGAUAACAUUUGAUUGAUUUGUAGCAUAUAGAAAAUAUACGUACUCAUAUUGUUUGUUAACCUAUACUGAUGACCUUUGCGAUAUGUACUGACUAUAAAAAGAGCAUAAGAAGAAGCAAUAAACUGUCACUUGCCCUAAGAGCAGUGGUCCGCCUGUCCUUCAUCGUCCUGGAAAGAGCUGGUCUCUGACAAAUGGUGCCGAAACCCGGGAAACUCGGUUGCCUUUGACCAGGGUGAGCUGCCUCCGAAUCAACAGAACCGCGCCCAUCAAUCAUCAGAGACCUGAACUUCAGUUAACAAUUGAUGGUAAAAAUUUUACAGGACUCUUGGACACCGGAGCAGAUGUAUCGGUAAUGACUUUAAAACAAUGGCCAAAAGAAUGGCCUUUACAGCAUGCUUCAGCUGAUCUAAAAGGAAUUGGAGUUGCAAAUUUGCCUCUUCAAAGCUGUAAGUUGUUAAGUUGGACAGACAAAGAGGGACACUCUGGUUCCAUUCAACCAUAUGUACUAGAAAGCUUGCCUCUUAACCUCUGGGGCCGAGAUAUCUUGACACAAAUGGGUGCAUACCUUUAUACGCCUAGCAGUUAAUCUGAUAAAUUUAUCAGUAACUAUGUAUGCAGAUAAAAUCUGUUGGAAAUCAGAUCAUCCUGUUUGGGUUGAUCAAUGGCCUCUAACUAAAGAAAAAUUGCAAGCUGCUCGUCAAUUAGUAGUGGAACAAUUACAAUUAGGUCAUAUAGAACCUUCCACAUCACCAUGGAACUCACCUAUUUUUGUUAUAAAAAAGAAGUCUGGGAAAUGGAGACUUCUCCAAGACUUGAGAGAAGUCAAUAAAACAAUGUGUACCAUGGGAGCGUUACAACCUGGUCUACCUAGUCCUAUUGCCAUUCCUCAAAAUUUUGAAAAAAUAAUUAUUGACUUAAAAGAUUGUUUUUACACUAUCCACUUACAUCCAGAUGACAAAUGUCGAUUUGCUUUUAGCAUUCCAUCCAUAAAUUUUAGUGAACCUAUGGAACGCUACCAAUGGAAAGUAUUGCCUCAAGGAAUGGCUAAUAGUCCUACUCUUUGUCAAAAAUUUGUUCAUGAAAGUAUAAAAGCGACUAGACAACAAUUUCCUGAUGUUCUUUGUAUCCAUUAUAUGGAUGAUAUCCUUUUAGCAGCCUCAUCUAUCGAUAAGUUGCAACAUGCUUAUGCUCAUAUUGAACAGAUGUUAACUAAACAUGGUUUGAAAAUAGCACAAGAAAAGGUACAAAAAUCAUAUCCUUUUCAAUAUUUGGGGUUUCAACUAUAUCCUAAAUCUUUUAUGCCACAAAAAAUUGCCAUACGAACAAAUUCUUUAAAAACCUUGAAUGAUUUUCAAAAACUUUUGGGAGACAUUAAUUGGCUCAGAUCUUUUCUUAAGUUAACAACAGCCGAUUUGCAUCCUCUUUUUAAAAUACUUGAGGGAAACCCUGAUCCUACCUCUCCUCGCAAGUUAACAGAAGAGGGAAAACAAGCUCUUCGAUUGGUUGAAAAGGCCAUAGAAAAUGCUCAAUUACAAUAUGCAGACAUAACAAAGUCUUUCUUUUUAUAUAUCUUGCCUACAGUAAUGACUCCUACAGGAGUCUUGUAUCAAGACGGUGUUCUGUGUUGGAUACAUGGAUCUCACUCUGCAAAAGGAGUUCUUGUUUCAUAUCCUCAAAAGAUAGCAGAACGAAUUAAACAAGGACGAAAGUUAUGUAUUACUCAUCUUGGGAGAGAACCGGCAGUAAUUGGAAUUCCAUACACACCUGCUCAAAUUACUUGGCUGAUGGCCACUGUAGACGAUUUUGCUGUAGCCUUAGCUGCUUUUCCUGGAGAAAUAACACAAAAGUUCCCUUCUGAUAAAAUUCUUAGUUUUGCUACCUAUCAUUCUUUAGCUUUUCCUAGGGUCGUUAAAGGAGCCCCUAUAACAGGAGCAUUGACUGUUUUUACAGAUGGAUCAUCUAAUGGACAAGCAGUUUUGUAUACUCCUACAGACCAAUUUGUUUGGAAAUUAGAGAAUGUUUCUGCACAAAUGACUGAAUUAUAUGCAAUUUAUCAAGCACUGUUGAAAUUUUCUGAGCCUUUGAAUAUCUAUUCUGACAGUCGUUACAUUGUCACUUCAUUACAAUUUUUAGAAACAGUUCCUGUCAUAGCUUCUAAAGUUUCUUUUAUACAACGAUAUUUUGGUCUGAUUCAAUCUCUCUUAAUAAUAAGAGAUGCACCUCUUUUUGUAGGACACAUUCGUAGUCACUCUAAAUUACCUGGACCUUUGAGUCACGGCAACAAUCAGGCUGAUUUGUUAACUCGUUUUACUGUUGCUACUGUUGCAGAAGCCCAGCGUUUGCACUCUCUGCAUCACUUACCUGCAGCUACUCUACAACGUAUGUGCCAUAUCUCUCGAGAACAAGCUAGAGAAAUUGUUCGAACAUGUUCUUCAUGUGUUUCUUUUUUACCAAUUCCUCAUUAUGGAGUUAAUCCUCGAGGUCUUUUACCUAAUGAUCUCUGGCAGAUGGAUGUUACUCAUUAUCCUUCUUUUGGCCGCCUCUCUUAUAUCCAUGUAACCCUUGAUACCUUUUCUCAUUUUGCAGUAGCCACUCCUUUGUCUGGAGAAUCAACCGCACAAGUAAUUUCACAUUUGUUACACUGUUUUUCAGUCUUAGGUAUACCAAAGACUAUCAAGACAGAUAAUGGCCCAGCAUAUACUAGUGCUAAAUUUUCAAAAUUUUGUGCUCAUUUUUCUAUAACACAUAAAACAGGGAUUCCUUAUAAUCCACAGGGUCAAGGCAUGAUUGAACGCUUUAACCUUACUCUGAAGACACAAUUAAAGAAAUUAAAAACGGGGACAUGGGGGAUUAAGGACACUCCUUUGUCUUUGUUAAAUCAUGCUCUUUUUGUUUUAAACUUUUUUACUCUCGAUGCAGCUGGCCUUUCGGCUGCUGAUCGUCAUUGGCAAUCCCCAGCUCAGCAGAAACCUGCAGUAUUAUGGAAAGAUCCUAUUGAUGGAUCCACGAGAGGCCCUGACCCGGUUCUAUUAUGGGGUAGAGGGUAUGUUUGUAUUUUCCCAACAGAUGAGCCUGUACCUCGGUGGAUUCCGGAACGCUGUGUUCGACAUGCCAAAAACGAAAAUAGGCAAGCUCCGAAAGAGGUUUCAACGCCUGAUGCUGAUACCACAACAACCUCAACCACAACAACAUGAUUUUAACUAUUGGUCAUCAUUACAGAUCUUUGCCUACUGGCUUAGCAUAAUAUGGAUGUUACACAAGGGAGUUUCUGCGACACAAUAUUGGGCAUUUGUUACAUUUCCUCCUUUACUUCAUCCUGUAACAUGGGAUGAACCGAUUGAUAUUCCGGUGUAUACAAAUGACACUAGUUUUUUAGGACCAGAAGAUUUGUCUCAUCUUGUUAGGUUCUCUGUACCAUACAAUUAUUCUGGUUUGUUUGAUUCUACUACUCAACCAAUUUGUUUUAGUAAAAAUACUACUAAUGGAUGUAUUAUGGUUACCCAAUUAGCCCGGAAUGAUUUCCAAAACUAUAACGGAAUACAUUGGUCUGCUCAAAUGUUGUAUCCAAAUUUUAGUGUGACAUAUUUAGCACAUUUCCCUGCUAACAUUCCUCUUUGUAAUCGAAGGAGAAUAAGCACAUCUCUUCCAGAUUGGAAAUUAUGUCAUGCAUGCAAUCUUACUUGUAAUAACGUUACAAAUUUGUGUGACUGGCGUCCAUCACAACGACUUACUGGACUAUAUCAAGGUAUAUGGACAAUGAAUAAUAUUACUCUAUUUACCCAAAUAUGGAAAGCUGUAGGAGCAAUGGAUAAAGCUGUUUUUCGAGCAGCAAAUAUCACCUGGCAACCUUCUUUAUCUGGUAUAACAAUGCAUCAAAUUACCAACAAUACUGAGAUUUGGUUUCAAGCAUGUGUACCAGAACCUUAUGUAUUUUUGAGUGGAUCUACACUAAUUAUAAAUACAACGGAUCACUCUGUAAAUUGUACAAAUUGUGUUUUAUCUAAUUGUGUUAACUCUUCUAUUUUGAAUUUUGUUAUGUUGAAACAACCACCAUAUGUGUUUUUACCCGUCAAUUUAACACAUGAUUGGUAUGCUGAUGAAGGCUCUGAAGUGCUAACUAUUGUAACUCAAGCACUUAUGCGUCAAAAACGAAUUGUAGGUAUGAUAAUAGCAGGAGUUCUCGCGAUAAUAACUGCCAUAUCAGUUACUACCAUGGCUGCCAUAUCUUUAACUACUAGCAUUCAAACUGCACAAUAUAUAAACAACAUUUCUGAAACUAUGAUUGAUACUUUGAAAGAACAAGCAUUAUGGGAUGAUAAGAUUGAGAGAAAAUUAAAUGCGUUAUAUGACACAGUUAAUCUUAUGGGUCAAGAAAUUCAAGCUUUAGCCAUCAAAGAAUCACUGUCGUGUCAUGCGGCAUAUAAAGCCAUCUGUGUGACACCAGUUCAUUGGAAUCAAUCCUGUUAUGAUUGGCCUAAGAUACAAAAACAUUUAUCAGGGAUAUGGAAUAAUGCCAAUUCUUCAAUUAACUUAAAACAAUUGCAUGGAGAAAUUCUCUCUUUACAAAAUAUAGAAAGAUUGCAGUUGCCUCUCGCCCAACGUGCUCAUGAUUUUGUUAGUGUUUUAAAAGCUUCUUUUCCAUCCUUAUCUUCAUUUUAUAAAGGAAUCUAUUGCCUUAUAGGAGCAACUUUAUGCAUAAUUGUCCUAGUUAUAGUAUUACCUUGCAUAUUUCGUUUAAUGUAUGAUAUGAUAAAACAAACGAGUAUAAAAACUAAAAAAUUACAAUUAAUGGCUACACAACACGUUCCCGCUACAAUACAUACUGAAUAAAAAGAAAAAAGGGUGAAAUGAUGAGACCAAUCUGCCUGAAAGGGUAGAAUGGCCCUCGAAAGGAUUUGCCUGGUAAGGGUUAAUCCUUUCUAAGGAAGCCUGCCUGAAAGGGUUGGCUCCUUAAACAAAGCCCCUAACUUAAGCAAAAACAUCCUGUAUACACAACAAUGAUAAGGACACCAGAUGUCUUGUAGCCACGGAACAUAUAUCACAAAAAUGUAGUAAACAGUACCAUAAAUUUUGUAGAUAACAUUUGAUUGAUUUGUAGCAUAUAGAAAAUAUACGUACUCAUAUUGUUUGUUAACCUAUACUGAUGACCUUUGCGAUAUGUACUGACUAUAAAAAGAGCAUAAGAAGAAGCAAUAAACUGUCACUUGCCCUAAGAGCAGUGGUC